GCAGGUUGAACAAGUGGCCCAACGUAGAGUCAACAAGCCCAGGUGGCUCGGGCCUAUUCUGAAAAAAACCUUCUUUGAUUCUUGUGCAGCUCAUCCUAUGUACAAGAAUGAACUUAACAAAUACUGUAUGACCUGCAACAAAUCUGCUUGCCAAUAUUGUGUGUCUUUUGGUAUUCAUCGAUGCCACAAAAUGCUUAGCAUUUAUAAACAUGUUUACAAAUAUGUUGUUGCCAUGGCUGCUGUUGAAAAGCAUAUUGACUGUUCACAGAUUCAGACCUACAAAUGCAACAAACGAUUGGUUAUUGCUCUGAAUCCUCUUCCACAUGGCGGUUUGGCAACAGAUACUGGGCUAUUAUGUGAGAUCUGUGGUAGGAGGGUGACUCACCCUCAUCUGUAUCGUUACUGCUCCAUUUCAUGCAAGGUUCAAGCUGUUUUAAGGAAGCCCAAUGAAUCACUCCCUCCCUUCAUUACCAUCCAGCGUCCUUCUAAGGGAAAGAAAGAGAAAGCCUCUGAGCCCCAGAAGCCUAUAAACAAAAGAAAGGGAACACCCCGUAGGGCUCCCUUCUUCUAAAAGCCUCAACCCUCAAGUUGAUGAUGAUUUAUAUAUAUUGUUAUAUAAUGUAGACAGGAUUGGAAGUAAUUACACCAUCAAGUUUAUGUCAUCAGGACAAUUGAUCUGUUUAGUCUUGUUUAACUUAAUUUGUGUGCUGAGUAUGGUGAUGAUCUCUGCAUAGCUGCAUAACUAGCUCUGUUUUCUCAUGGUGAUUAGACGGUUCUUGCAACAA